CCUACUUUUUGAACGCCUUAAAUUCACACCUUCCUUCUCUUUAUCUGCCCGCCCAUCAUAAAACUAGGAUUGUAGGCAGCCGGUGAUCCACGUACACCAUGAUGCACAUUUCCUCCGCUCUCCAUUACUGGUUAGUCCACCACCCAAGCAUCCUCCAUUUCUCAUGGACCCAAGGCCAAACGCUUGGCUCCUCCCCACUCUUCCUCACCCUCGCCGUUCUCUCCUACCUCUUCCUCACCUUCCUCCUCUCCCACCUACCACUCCCACCCAUCCAGCCAAGCCUCCUGAAGCCAAUCUCAGCCGUCCAUAACCUCGCCCUCCUCAUCUUCUCCCUCGCCAUGUCUCUCGGUUGCAGCCUUUCCACCCUCUCCCAUGCGCCUGACUUCCGCUGGAUCAUCUGCCUCCCCCCUCGAACCCCACCCACCGGGCCCCUCUUUUUCUGGGCGUACAUGUUCUACCUCUCCAAGAUAUUGGAGUUCGUAGACACCCUUUUGAUCAUCGCGAGUGAGUCCUCCAGAAGAAGACUCACUUUCCUCCACGUCUACCACCAUGCAGCGGUGGUGAUCAUGUGCUACAUAUGGCUACAAACGUCGCAGUCCUUGUUCCCGGUGGUGCUUGUGACCAACGCAUCCGUGCAUGUGCUAAUGUACGCCUACUACUUAUCCUGCGCUCUAGGGAUGCGUCCCAAAUGGAAGAGGCUGCUCACGGAGUGUCAAAUAUUGCAGUUUAUGUUUAGCUUUGUGGCGCUGGGUAUGAUGCUGCUUUACCAUUUCACCGGAAUAGGGUGCUCCGGAGUCUGGGGUUGGUGCUUCAACGUGGCCUUCUACUCUUCUCUUUUGGCUCUGUUCCUAGACUUCCAUGCAAAGAAUUAUCCCAUUGCCACCCUCAAGACUACCAAGAAUGACUAUAAACUGUCAUGAUCAGCUAGCAUGCAUGGACGGUCAAGAUUGAUUAAUUAAUGUAAUGUUGCAUGACUGCUUUCUAUUUAUUAUUUCGUUACU